UAUUUCGAAAAGUUUCAAAUUUCAGCUUCACUGAAAAUUCGUCAGAAAACUUUCCAUCUCAAGUCUUAGCAUAAACAAAAACUUGUUUUGACAGUGCAGUGACGACCAAACCCGCGUUAACUUUCUUGACCUUUCGGCUUUCACUGCCCUUUUUUUUGCUCUCUCCCUGUAUAUCUAUAUCUCCCUCUCUCACCAUUACUCAACUCACAAGCAUCUUGAAUUACUCUCUCCUGCUUUUCCUUUUCACUUAAGACCAGACAUCACUGAGAAAGAUUACUUUUCAUGGUGUCUGCAUGUGAUUGCAAUCAGUUUUUGAGCUAAUUUGAUGGGACUGUAAUGGGUUCUCUGGAGACUGUGCUUCCAUUGAAGAGGGAGAGUCUUCUUCGCUCUUCGUCAGCUGGUAGACACUCGUUUAUGCAGAGACAACCCAGAUCGAGAUUUUCCCGUUUCUUGCUUUUCAAGAAGCUAGAUUACCUUCAAUGGAUUUGCACGGUAGCUGUAUUUCUGUUUUUCGUGGUUCUUUUCCAGAUGUUUUUACCUGGUUCUGUUAUUGAGAAAUCAGAAGAUUCAUGGAAAGAGGUGGAGAAUGUAUCUGGGGAUUUAAUGUAUUUGAAAGAAAUCGGCACUUGGGAUUUUGGAGAAGAUAUCAAAUUCGAGCCUUCAAAAAUUUUGCAGAAAUUUCAAAAGGAAGUUAGAGAAGUCAAUUUUUCAUCUAGUUUUAAUAGAACACAGCUUCGUUUUGGGUACAAGAAACCCCAGCUCGCACUGGUCUUUGCCGAUCUGUCAGCUGAUCCACAGCAGCUGCUGAUGGUUACUGUUGCAACCGCAUUGCAGGAGAUUGGUUACUCAAUUCAGGUUUUUUCAAUUCAAGAUGGUCCUGUGAAUGGCAUAUGGAAGAGCAUAGGAGUUCCAGUCACCAUUUUUCAGAGAAACCACAAGAUGGAGAUUGCUGUUGAUUGGCUAAUUUAUGAUGGCAUACUGGUGAACUCCCUAGAAACCAAGGCUAUAUUUUCAUGUUUUAUGCAGGAACCUUUCAAGUCCAUACCUCUUAUAUGGACCAUCCAUGAAAGAACACUUGCUAUUCGUUCAAGACAGUAUGCUUCAGAUGGGCAAACUGAGCUUGUCAGUGACUGGAAAAGAGUUUUCAACCGUGCUACUGUAGUAGUCUUCCCAAACUAUGCCCUGCCGAUGAUGUAUUCUGCCUUUGAUGCUGGAAACUAUUAUGUUAUCCCGGGUUCUCCAGCUGAAGCAUGGGAAGCUGAUGUUAUGGCAUUAUACAAAGAUAAUGUCCGUCUGAAGAUGGGCUACGGGCCUGAUGAUGUUGUCAUUGCAAUUGUAGGAGGUCAAUUUCUGUACAGGGGUUUGUGGUUGGAGCAUGCACUCAUUUUGCAGGCUCUGUUACCAGCUUUUCAGGACUUCCCUUUUGAUGAUAAUUCAAAUUCUCAUCUCAAAAUCAUUGUUUUAAGUGGGAAUUCAACUAGUAACUACAGUGUGGCUGUCGAGACAAUUGCUGUCAACUUAAAUUAUCCAAGAGGUGCCGUAAAGCAUGUAGCUAUUGAAGAGGAUGCAGGGAGUGUGCUAAAUGCAGUUGAUAUUGUGGUGUAUGGGUCCUUCCAUGAGGAACAAUCUUUUCCAGAAAUUCUAAUGAAAGCUAUGUGCAUUGGGAAACCCAUCAUAGCUCCAGAUCUCUCUAUGAUCAGAAAAUAUGUUGAUGACAGGGUGAAUGGCUAUCUUUUCCCUAAGGAGAAUAUCAGGGUUCUGACACAGAUCAUAUUGCAAGUGAUUUCUAAAGGAAAAGUAUCUCCUUUUGCUCACAAUAUUGCUUCAAUAGGAAAAGGUACUGCUAAAAAUCUGAUGGUUGCAGAAACUGUUGAAGGUUAUGCUUCUUUACUUGAAAAUGUUAUCAAGCUCCCUUCAGAAGUUGCACCUCCUAAGGCUGUUGUGCACAUUCCUUCGAAAUUUAAAGAACAAUGGUGUUGGCAUCUGUUUGAAGUGUUUUUGAAUUCCACUUAUGAAGACAGGACUUCAAGAAGUUCUAGAUUCUUAAACAUGGUCGAGGAGCAGUGGAACCAUAGUCAAAAAGGGAGCUCUGGUUCUAUAGCAUCUAAUGAUGAAUCAUUUUCAUAUGAAAUUUGGAAAGAAGAGAAAAAUAAUUUGAUCCUUAAUGCAAGAAAGAGAAGAGAGGAAGAAGAGUUAAAAGAUAGGACUGAUCAACCUCAUGGUACAUGGGAGGAUGUUUAUCGAAGUGCCAAAAGGGCUGAUAGAUCUAGAAAUGAUUUACAUGAAAGGGAUGAAGGGGAGCUUGAGAGGACAGGUCAACCAUUGUGCAUUUAUGAACCAUACUUUGGAGAAGGAAUCUGGUCUUUUCUUCACCUUGGUUCACUUUAUCGUGGAAUAGGCUUGUCUGCAAAAGGUAGAAGACCCAGGGUAGAUGACGUCGAUGCACCCUCUCGUCUUCCACUUCUUAACAAUCCAUACUAUCGGGAAACUCUUGGGGAAUAUGGAGCCUUUUUUGCAAUUGCAAAUCGGAUAGACCGUAUUCACAAAAAUGCAUGGAUAGGGUUUCAAUCUUGGAGAGCAACAGCAAGGAAGGCAUCUUUAUCUCGGCCUGCUGAAAAGGCACUAUUAGAUGCUAUUCAAACGAGAAAGCAUGGGGACACACUCUACUUUUGGGUUCGUAUGGACAUGGAUCCAAGAUACCAGUUGCAACAAGAUUUUUGGUCGUUCUGCGAUGCUGUUAAUGCUGGCAAUUGCAAGUGGGCAUUUUCUGAGGCGUUUAAGAGGAUGUAUGGUGUUGAUCAAGAUUUGGAUUCUUUACCGCCUAUGCCUGAUGAUGGAGAUACAUGGUCUGUUAUGCUGAGCUGGGCUCUGCCAACCAGGUCCUUUUUGGAGUUUGUAAUGUUUUCAAGAAUGUUUGUGGAUGCAUUGGAUGCACAAAUGUAUAAUGAGCACCAUCAGAGCGGGUAUUGCCAUUUGAGUUUGUCGAAGGAUAAGCAUUGUUAUUCACGGGUUCUUGAGCUGCUCAUAAAUGUUUGGGCAUACCACAGUGCAAGGCAGAUGGUUUAUGUGAACCCUGAGACUGGCUUAAUGCAACAGCAACACAAACUGAAGAGCCGGAGAGGUAAAAUGUGGAUCAAAUGGUUCUCAUACACAACCCUGAAGAGCAUGGAUGAGGACUUGGCUGAGGCCGCGGAUUCUGACCGCCCAAAUAGAAGGUGGUUAUGGCCAUCAACAGGAGAGGUAGUUUGGCAAGGAGUUUUUGAGAAAGAGAGGAAUCUUCGGAAUAGGCAGAAAGAGAAGAGAAGGCAACAAAGUAAGGACAAACAAAACAGAAUGAGGAGAAAACGCCACCAAAAGGUAAUAGGGAAGUAUGUAAAACCCCCACCAGAAGACAUAGAAAAUUCAAAUUCAACAAUGCUUAUAUUAAAGCUUUUAUAGUACAAAAUUGCAACUGUUGAAGUUGGCAGCCUUGGAGUUAGUUAAGUAGGUAUCAAUUUGAUAAUUCUUUUAUUGUUGAUUUUUCCCUCUUCAUCACUUGUAUUUUAUGGGAGAGGUUUUGCAUGUAACUAACUGCACCCUUGUUAAUGGUGAAGAGUAAUGUAUACUAGUUUUUGCAUUC